AUGGAAAAAGUGCCAGUGAAGGAGGGAGAUUCUCUCACUCUACACACUGAUGUCACUGAAAUACAGAGAAUAUUUUUCUUGAUGUGGAUGUAUGGAUCUCAAAACAAUAUUAUCGCUAAAAUUGAUGGGAAAACGCAGAUAUUCUCAUUAUAUGAUGUUGAUGAUGGGAGGUUUGAAGACAGACUGCAGUUGGACAAUAAGACUGGAUCUCUGAUAAUAAGCGACAUCAGAACCAAACACUCUGGAGAUUAUCAUCUAAAGAUCAUCAGCAACGAGACCUUCCUCAAGACAUUCAGUGUUACUGUCCAUGAUGUGAUUUUUGCCGGGUUAGAAAACAAGAAAGAAGGGGAUUCUGUUACUCUACACACUGGUGUUACUGAUUCACAGAAACAUGAUCUAAUACUGUGGACAUUUGGACCUAAGAAUCCAGACAGUCUUAUAGCUGAACUGAACAUGAAGGUUCAUGAGAUCACAUUUAGUUCAGAAGAUAUAUACAGAGGGAGACUACAUCUCGAAAAUCAGACGGGAUCUCUCACCAUCAGAGACGUCAGAACCACAGACGCUGGAGUUUAUCAACUACAGAUCUCCAACAGUAAAGAAACACUAUACAAGAGAUUCAACGUUUUUGUCGCCAAUCCAGAUCCGGGUCUGUCCACUGGUUAUAUUGGGCUCAUUUGUGUCCUGCUGUUUGUGGUUGUAUCUCCGGGUGUGAUUUACUAUAUGUUCAGAUACUGUAAACAGAAAGAAAAGAAAACGGUGUCAGUGUCGGAGGGAAAUUCCGUCACACUGAAAACUGGUGCUACUAAAAUCCAGAGAGACAAUGAAGUGCUCUGGAUGUUUGGAUCUCAAGAUACAGUCAUCGCUCAAAUCUACAAAAAGGCUGGCAAUAUCUCAUACGCUGAUGAUGAGCGAUUCAGAGACAAGCUACAGCUGGACCAUCAGACUGGAGAUCUGACCAUCAGCGACAUCCGGAUCCCAAUCUCUGGAGAUUAUCAGAUGAAGAUCACCAGCAGCAGAUUGACUAAAAUGAAGAGAUUCAAAGUUAUUGUACGAGAGGACACACAAAAAAUCACGGAGGGAGAACCUGUCCAUCUGCAGACCGGUGUCACUGAACUACAGGAAGAUGAUCUGAUACUGUGGACGUUUGAAGAUGCCCUCAUAGCCAAACUCAAUAGAGAGAGCAGUGAGAACAGCGUCUACAAUGUUAAUGACGAGAGAUUAAAAGACAGACUGUGGCUGGAUGAGCAAACUGGAGAUCUCACCAUCACGAACACUAAAAGCACUGACUCUGGAGUUUACGAACUGCAGAUCAAGAGCAGCAAUGAAGUCUCCUACAAGAAAUUCAAUGUUCUUGUUUGCUUGAAUAUGCUGAAACAUACAGUUGGAGAUUCUGUCACUCUACAAACUGAUGUUACUGAGCUGAGGAAUGAUGGCAGGAUACUGUGGAAGUUUAGCGAUAAAGACAUUUUAAUCGCCGAACUCAACCGAGCCACCAAUCAGACCUUAUUCUAUGAAGGUCCUGAUGGGAGAUUCAGAGACCGACUGCAGUUAAACCAGCGAACUGGAGAUCUGACCAUCAGGAACAUCAGCAGAGCUCAUUCAGACGUUUAUACACUUCAAAUCACCAGCGGCAAAAAGAGUAUAUGCAAGAGAUUCAUGGUUAUUGCCCACGAGAAGACUGUGUCAGGGAUGGAGGGAGAUUCAGUCACGCUAAACACUGAUAUUGAAAUACAAGAAGAUGUCCUUAUACUGUGGAUGUUUGGGCCUGAAGUCUGUCCAAUUGCUAAAGGUGAAACAAAGGAAAAGAUCUCUACAUAUGAUGAUGCUGACGGGAGAUUCAGAGGCAAACUGAAUCUGAAUUAUGAGUCUGGAUCUCUGACCAUCACAAACACCAGAACCGAACACACUGGAGUUUAUAAACUACAGGUCAUCUGCAGAAGAGAGACUAAAUAUAAGACAUUCAGAGUUACAAUUCGUGAGAGUGAAAGAAAUACGGACUUUGGGCCUGAGCAGGAAGGUAUCCAUCCCCCUGGUACAAAAAUGAAACUCGCAACAGAAAUAGUAACUGUGAACAUAACUGUGAACAGUUUUAGAGAGUAUUGCACAUUUUGUAUGGUGUUACAUACACAUUGGGGUUAUAUAUACCACCACACAAUUAAUGUAUUUUUGUUGAAAAUGACUACAGUCCUCAAUUUGUUAGCAAAUGGACCUUAUACAAUAAGUACUGUAUGUUUUGAAAACACUAUAUUUAACUGGAAUUUGUCAUUAUCUCUAUUACUGAUGUGCUAAUGAGCGUGCUUCAGGUUUUGCUGCCUCUUUUGUUUUCUUUCAAUUAUCUUGUUUUUUUUUUCUCUCCUCCAGUAUCAUAAGGUUUUGUUUAAUAGCUAUAAUAGUGUUGUCUUGUUACCAAAAAGUCAGUACCAAUACCAGUAAAAUUCCAGAGUUCUCUGUACGAA